AGUCCCAACUCCCAAACACAUUGGAAGAAGAAGAACCCUCAAUCUCCAUUGGUUUCUUCUCCUUCCUCCAUGGCAUCACCACCACAACCCUCCGCCAUGGCCACCCACCCUAAAACCCCAACCACCACUACCGCUACCACCACCACUUCCUCCGUCAGUGCCUUCUCUCUCCUCUCCAACGCAUGGCGCCACGACAUUCAGCUCAUGCGCGACCGUGCCACCUCAUUCCGAAACCUCGCCAUUUCCUUCGACCCUCCUCCUCCGCCGCAGAACCCGGCGGAUAUGGACUUCGUUAGGAACCUCCGCCUCAGGCUGCCGGCGACGUCGGAGGGGAGUGGCGCGAGGAGGAUCAAGAAAUGGCGAUUACCGCCGCCGACGGCGACGGCGAUGUGUAGUUCGAGGAUUCGGAUUGGUUUGGUGAAUAUAAAGGAUGCGAUUGUGGCGGAGGUUGAGGAUACCGAUGGAAUUUGGGGGUUUGAAGGGGACAAUUCGAAGAGGGAAGAAAAAGAUUGGGAACCGAUCCAGAAGCUGAAAACGAAGUUCAAGGAGUUCGAGAAGAACAACGAGUUCGUUGAAAAAUUUAAAUCAAGUUUGAAAUUAAUAAACAAGGAGCCUGAAGAGUCAAAGGAAGUUCCCCCAUUGGAUGUGCCUGAACUUUUGGCCUAUUUUGUGAAACAGUCUAGUCCUUUUUUGGAUCAACUUGGAGUCCGCAGAGAUUUUUGCGAUAAGAUAGUGGAAAGCUUGUAUAGUAAAAGUAAGAACCAGCUUGUUCUGCGGUCCCUUUCAAGUGGAGAAUCCUCCAUUAUUGGGAAUGGAAAUGUAAACGACGAAUUGGAUUUACGAAUAGCAAGUGUUCUUCAGAGUACAGGGCACCGAUAUAAUGGUGAACUAUGGACAGAUCAUACAAAGCAUGAUCCAUCCGAGAAUAAGAGGCAUCUGGCCAUAGUCACAACUGCUAGUCUUCCUUGGAUGACAGGAACAUCGGUAAAUCCACUAUUUCGAGCAGCAUACCUAUCAAAAUCUUCCAAUCAGAAAAUAACUCUGAUGGUUCCAUGGCUUUGCACAUCAGAUCAACAACUAGUUUAUCCCGACAAUAUCACUUUCAGUUCGCCAGAGCAACAGGAAGUUUAUAUACAUAAUUGGCUUGAGGAAAGGAUUGGUUUCAAGGCAGACUUCAAAAUUUGCUUUUAUCCUGGGAAGUUUUCAAAAGAAAGACGAAGUAUAAUACCUGCUGGUGAUACUUCUCAAUUUAUACCAUCCAGGGAUGCCGACAUUGCCAUCUUGGAAGAACCAGAACAUUUGAAUUGGUAUCAUCAUGGCAGGCGUUGGACGGAUAAAUUCAACCAUGUAGUUGGUGUUGUCCACACAAAUUACUUGGAAUACAUCAAGAGGGAGAAAAAUGGGCCCCUUCAAGCAUUCUUAGUGAAGCACAUAAAUAACUUGGUUACGAGAGCACACUGCCACAAGGUCCUUCGACUCUCAGCUGCCACUCAGGAUUUACCAAGGUCUGUAAUUUGCAAUGUUCACGGCGUGAAUCCUAAGUUCUUGAAAAUUGGAGAAAAGAUUGCUGCAAAUAAGGAGCUCGGGCAGAAAGCCUUCACAAAAGGAGCAUAUUUCUUGGGAAAGAUGGUAUGGGCAAAGGGGUACAAGGAAUUGAUAGAUUUAUUAGCAAAGCAUAAGAGUGAUCUUGAUGGCUUCAAGUUGGAUGUAUUCGGUAACGGGGAGGAUGCCAACGAAGUUCAGAGUAUGGCUAAAAGAUUUGAUUUGAAUAUCAACUUUCAGAAGGGAAGAGACCAUGCAGAUGAUUCGCUUCAUGGGUAUAAAGUCUUCAUAAAUCCAAGCGUCAGUGACGUGCUCUGCACCGCUACAGCCGAGGCACUUGCCAUGGGAAAAUUUGUAGUUUGUGCUGAUCAUCCAUCAAAUGAGUUCUUCAGGACUUUCCCCAACUGCUUGACUUACAAGACACCCGAAGACUUUGUAGCAAAAGUAAAAGAAGCAUUAGAAAAUGAGCCUCAACUUCUUUCCCCUGAGCAAAGAUAUCAACUUUCUUGGGACGCUGCUACUCAAAGAUUUCUGGAAUAUUCUGAGCUUGACAGAGUUCUGAAUACGCAAGAUGACACUGCAAACUCGAAAACACACAAGGGACAAAAGCGCAUUUCUAAGUCAGUUUCAAUGCCUAAUCUGACAGAGAUGGUAGACGGAGGAAUAGCAUUUGCUCACUACUGUUUUAACGGCAGUGAAUUCUUGCGACUAUGUACCGGAGCUUUACCUGGAACACGAAACUAUGACAAGCAGCAGGCUCAAGACCUUCAUCUCUUGCCCCCGCAAGUACAAAAUCCAAUCUAUGGCUGGUGAAUAUAGAUUGAUUAAUUCAGAUCAGUGGAGCAAAUUUCUUAAACCAACUAUACAACGAUACACUCUGAAGACAGAGACUAUCAUUUCAUGCCCCUACAGGUAAAUUAUUUCACUAACGGCUUGUAAUGAAUCUGAAGGUUUAGUUUCUCCUUUGGAUUAUUGUUUUUGGUUGCAACUAUAGGGCCUUACCAAGAUUAGUCCAAUUUUUGUUAGUGAUUAUAGUUUUACGAAAUAUUAAUUAAACGAAAUGUAUGACUUGGUUUUG